GAUCAUCAUAGCGGGUUGAAGAUGGCAGCAGCACAGAUCUCAGCGGAGGAGAUGGAGGAGCUCAGAGAGGCCUUCACUAAAGUCGAUGUGGAUGGGAACGGUCACAUCAGCACAGAUGAGCUCAACGCUCUGUUUAAAGCCGCCAAUCUCCCUCUGCCGGGGUACCGGGUUCGAGAAAUCAUCCAGGAGAUCAGCAGGACCAUGGACCUCAACCAGGACGGGAAGAUCACCUUCGACGAGUUCGCCAAGGUGGUUCAUGACUUAAAGAGUUCAGAGGUGGCCAAAACCUUCCGGAAGGCCAUCAAUAAGAAGGAGGGGAUCUGCUCAGUGGCCGGAACAUCCGAGCAGUCGGGAACACAGCACUCAUACUCCGAGGAGGAGAAGGUGGCGUUUGUGAACUGGGUCAACAAGGCUCUGGAGAAGGACCCAGACUGCCAGCAUGUUCUGCCGAUGGACCCCAGCACUGAUGACCUGUUCACGGCGGUGGGAGACGGCAUCGUGCUCUGUAAGAUGAUCAACCUGUCUGUGCCCGACACCAUUGAUGAGAGGACCAUCAACAAGAAGAAGCUGACGCCCUUCACCAUACAGGAGAACUUGAACCUGGCCCUGAACUCUGCCUCCGCCAUCGGCUGCCACGUGGUGAACAUCGGCGCAGAGGACCUGAAGGAGGGCAGGCAGCAUCUAGUGCUGGGACUCCUGUGGCAGGUCAUCAAGAUCGGCCUGUUCGCAGACAUCGAGAUCAGCAGGAACGAAGCUCUGAUCGCUCUGCUGAGGGAUGGAGAGAGUCUGGAGGAUCUGGUCAAGCUGUCCCCGGAGGAGCUGCUGCUGCGCUGGGCUAACUAUCACCUGGAGGAGGCCGGAUGCCCCAAAAUCAACAACUUCAGCUCAGAUAUUAAGGACUCCAAGGCCUACUACAACAUCCUGAACCAGGUGGCACCCAAGGGAGAUGAAGAGGGAAUCCCAGCGAUCCCCAUCGACAUCAGUGGCAUACGGGAGAAAGAUGACCUGAAGAGAGCGGAGUGUAUGCUGGAGCAGGCGGACCGGCUCGGCUGCCGGCAGUUCGUCACCGCCACUGAUGUGGUGCGCGGAAACCCCAAACUCAACCUGGCCUACGUGGCCAACCUCUUCAACAAGUACCCCGCUCUGAAGAAGCCCGAAAACCAGGACAUCGACUGGAGCUCCAUUGAGGGAGAGACUAGAGAGGAGCGGACCUUCAGAAACUGGAUGAACUCACUGGGGGUCAAUCCACGAGUCAAUCAUCUCUAUGUGGAUCUUGCGGAUGCGCUGGUGAUCUUCCAGCUCUAUGAGAAGAUCAAGGUUCCAGUGGACUGGGACAAGGUCAACAAACCACCAUAUCCUAAACUGGGCAGCAACAUGAAGAAGCUGGAGAACUGUAACUAUGCGGUGGAGCUGGGCAAGAAGGAGGCCAAGUUCUCUCUGGUGGGCAUCGCUGGACAGGACCUGAAUGAAGGAAACCGCACGCUGACCCUGGCUCUGCUCUGGCAGCUCAUGAGGAGAUACACACUGAACAUCCUGGAGGAUCUGGGCGACGGGCAGAAGAUCAUCGAUGAGACCAUUGUGCAGUGGGUGAACGAAACACUCACACAGGCGGGAAAAGGAACCAUCAGCGGCUUUAAGGACGGCUCCAUCAGCAGCAGUAUGCCAGUGCUGGACCUGAUUGAUGCCAUCCAGCCGGGCUCCAUCCGCUACGACCUGCUGAAGGCGGAGGACCUGACGGAUGAAGAGAAGCUCAACAACGCCAAGUAUGCGAUCUCGAUGGCGCGUAAGAUCGGAGCUCGUGUGUAUGCGCUGCCGGAGGAUCUGGUGGAGGUGAAGCCCAAGAUGGUGAUGACGGUGUUUGCGUGUCUGAUGGCCAGAGGAAUGAGGAGGAUCUAGAAGCGGAUCUCCAUUCCACUGGUCGUCUCCUAUACUCCAUUAUACGCCUGAAACAGCUCAGAGAGUACGCCACGCUGAACUGUGGACACUCACCAGGGGAAAUAUAUUCAUAGAAGCUGCCAUGAGUCUGGAUGAUCGUCUUCAAGACCUUACAGUUCAAUCAAGCUUAAUAUGUGGAGGUCAAAGGUCGUGUGUGUGUGUGUGUGUGUGUGUGUGUGUGCAGUACAGAAUGUUCUGAUUUUCGUUCUUUAAAUGACAGCAAACAAACAUUCAGUCUCUGAUUUUAAUCUACAUGUUGAGAUGCCGCUACACAAAUAAAAACAGUAUGUUUUAUAACUCCA